AAAUGGCUGCAAGCAACUGACCUCCCUAGAGAAGUGUACCAGCAUUUAACCCACUAUGUACCCAAAAUCUACUGCAGGGGUCCCAACCCUUUUCCACAGAAAGAAGACAUGCUGGCACAGCACGUUUUGUUGGCACCAAUGGAAUGGUACCUUUGUGGUGAAGAUCCUGCAUUUGGAUUUCCAAAACUUGAACAAGCAAACAAACCUUCUCAUCUUUGUGGUCGUGUUUUUAAAGUAGGAGAGCCUACAUACUCUUGCAGAGACUGUGCAGUUGACCCAACUUGUGUUUUAUGCAUGGAGUGCUUUUUGGGAAGUAUUCACAGAGAUCAUCGAUAUAGGAUGACAACAUCAGGAGGUGGAGGUUUCUGUGACUGUGGUGAUACUGAAGCUUGGAAAGAGGGUCCUUACUGUCAAAAACAUGAACUUAACCCUUCUGAAAUUGAGGAAGAAGAGGAUCCUCUUGUUCAUUUAUCAGAAGAUGUGGUAGCAAGAACUUACAACAUUUUUGCUAUUAUGUUUCGGUAUGCAGUAGAGCUAUUAACAUGGGAAAAAGAAAGUGAAUUGCCAGCAGAUUUAGAGGUGGCAGAGAAGAGUGACACCUACUAUUGUAUGCUGUUUAAUGAUGAGGUUCACACCUAUGAACAAGUUAUUUAUACUCUCCAGAAAGCUGUUAACUGUACGCAAAAAGAAGCCAUUGGUUUUGCAACUACAGUAGAUCGAGAUGGACGUAGGUCUGUUCGAUAUGGAGACUUCCAGUAUUGUGAGCAAGCAAAAUCAGUAAUUGUGAGAAAUACCAUUAGACAGACAAAGCCACUCAAAGUUCAAGUUAUGCAUUCAUCUAUUGUCGCACAUCAGAAUUUUGGUUUGAAAGUUUUGUCUUGGCUGGGAAGUAUUAUUGGAUAUUCAGAUGGCCUUCGCCGGAUUUUAUGUCAAGUUGGUUUGCAAGAAGGGCCAGAUGGUGAAAACUCUUCUCUAGUGGACAGAUUGAUGCUUAGUGAUUCCAAAUUAUGGAAAGGUGCUAGGAGUGUAUAUCAUCAGUUGUUCAUGAGUAGUCUGCUUAUGGAUUUGAAAUACAAGAAACUGUUUGCUGUUCGAUUUGCAAAAAACUAUGAGCGUUUGCAGAGUGAUUAUGUGACAGAUGACCACGACAGAGAGUUUUCAGUCGCAGACCUCUCGGUUCAGAUAUUCACAGUUCCUUCACUUGCUCGGAUGCUCAUCAUAGAAGAAAACCUGAUGACCAUUAUCAUUAAAACUUUUAUGGAUCAUUUGAGACAUCGAGAUGCCCAGGGCAGAUUUCAGUUUGAACGCUAUACUGCUUUACAGGCGUUCAAGUUUAGGAGAGUUCAGAGCCUUAUUUUAGAUCUCAAGUACGUGUUAAUUAGCAAACCAACUGAAUGGUCAGAUGAGCUGAGGCAGAAGUUCCUAGAAGGGUUUGAUGCCUUUUUAGAAUUACUAAAAUGUAUGCAGGGAAUGGAUCCAAUUACACGUCAAGUAGGACAACAUAUUGAAAUGGAACCAGAGUGGGAAGCAGCCUUUACGCUACAAAUGAAAUUAACACAUGUUAUUUCAAUGAUGCAAGACUGGUGUGCCUUAGAUGAAAAAGUGUUAAUUGAAGCUUACAAGAAAUGUCUCGCUGUAUUGACACAGUGUCAUGGUGGUUUUACUGAUGGUGAGCAGCCAAUCACACUAAGCAUUUGUGGACAUUCCGUGGAAACUAUCAGAUACUGUGUUUCCCAAGAAAAAGUUAGCAUUCACCUCCCAGUUUCUCGCUUACUUGCAGGUUUGCAUGUAUUAUUAAGCAGAAGUGAAGUGGCAUAUAAAUUUCCAGAGCUCCUACCUCUAAGUGAACUUAGCCCACCUAUGUUGAUAGAGCACCCUCUUAGAUGUCUUGUUUUAUGUGCCCAAGUACAUGCUGGAAUGUGGAGAAGAAAUGGAUUCUCUCUAGUAAACCAGAUUUAUUACUACCAUAAUGUGAAAUGCAGACGUGAAAUGUUUGACAAGGAUAUAGUAAUGCUUCAGACAGGUGUCUCCAUGAUGGAUCCAAAUCAUUUUCUGAUGAUAAUGCUCAGCCGCUUUGAACUUUAUCAGAUUUUCAGUACUCCAGACUAUGGAAAAAGAUUUAGUUCUGAGAUUACCCAUAAGGAUGUUGUUCAACAGAACAAUACGCUAAUUGAAGAAAUGCUGUACCUCAUUAUAAUGCUUGUGGGAGAGAGAUUUACUCCUGGAGUUGGACAGGUAAACGCUACAGAUGAAAUCAAGCGGGAGAUAAUUCAUCAGUUGAGUAUCAAACCUAUGGCUCAUAGUGAAUUGGUAAAGUCUUUACCUGAAGAUGAGAACAAAGAGACUGGCAUGGAGAGUGUAAUUGAAGCAGUUGCCCAUUUCAAGAAACCUGGAUUAACAGGACGAGGCAUGUAUGAAUUGAAACCAGAAUGUGUCAAAGAGUUCAAUUUGUAUUUCUAUCACUUUUCAAGGGCAGAACAAUCCAAGGCAGAAGAAGCUCAACGGAAAUUGAAAAGACAAAAUAGAGAAGAUACAGCCCUUCCACCUCCAGUUUUGCCUCCAUUCUGUCCUUUGUUUGCAAGUUUGGUUAACAUUUUGCAGUCAGAUGUCAUGUUGUGCAUCAUGGGAACAAUUCUGCAGUGGGCUGUGGAACAUAAUGGAUAUGCCUGGUCAGAAUCCAUGCUACAAAGGGUGUUACAUUUAAUUGGAAUGGCACUACAAGAAGAAAAACAACAUUUAGAGAAUGUCAUGGAAGAGCAUGUAGUAACAUUUACCUUCACUCAGAAGAUAUCAAAACCUGGUGAUGCCCCAAAUAACUCUCCUAGCAUACUGGCCAUGCUAGAAACACUGCAGAAUGCUCCCUACCUCGAAGUCCACAAAGACAUGAUUAGGUGGAUAUUAAAGACUUUUAAUACUAUUAAGAAGAUAAGAGAGAGUUCAUCUACCAGUCCUGUGGUAGAGACAGAAGGAACCAUAACAGAAGAGAGUUCAAGAGACAAAGACAAAGCUGAGAGGAAGAGAAAAGCCGAGAUUGCCCGACUGCGCAGAGAAAAGAUCAUGGCUCAGAUGUCUGAAAUGCAGCGACACUUUAUUGAUGAAAACAAAGAACUCUUCCAACAGACAUUAGAACUGGAUGCUUCAACUUCUGCUGUUCUUGAUAAUAGCCCUAUGGUUUCAGAUAUGACACUUACAGCAUUGGGUCCCGCACAAACUCAGGUCCCUGAACAAAGACCAUUUGUUACUUGUAUAUUGUGUCAAGAGGAGCAGGAAGUUAAAGUGGAAAGCAGGGCCAUGGUCUUGGCGGCAUUUGUUCAAAGAUCAACUGUAUUAUCAAAAAACAGAAGUGUAUUCAUUCAGGAUCCAGAAAAAUAUGACCCGUUAUUCAUGCACCCUGAUCUGUCUUGCGGAACACACACUAGUAGCUGCGGGCACAUUAUGCAUGCCCAUUGUUGGCAAAGGUAUUUUGAUUCCGUUCAAGCUAAAGAACAGCGAAGGCAACAGAGAUUACGCUUACAUACAAGCUAUGAUGUAGAAAAUGGAGAAUUCCUUUGCCCUCUUUGUGAAUGCUUGAGUAAUACUGUUAUUCCUCUGCUACUUCCUCCAAGAAAUAUUUUUAACAAGAGGUUAAAUUUUUCAGAUCAACCAAAUCUGACUCAGUGGAUUAGAACAAUAUCUCAGCAAAUAAAAGCAUUACAGUUUCUUAAGAAAGAAGAAAGUACUCCUAAGACUGCUUCUUCAAAGAAUUCAGAGAAAAUGAAUAAAUUACAGCUCCCUGAAGGGUUUAGGCCUGAUUUUCGUCCUAAGAACCCUUAUUCUGAGAGCAUAAAAGAAAUGCUAACAACAUUUGGAACUGCUACAUACAAGGUGGGCCUGAAGGUUCAUCCCAAUGAAGAAGAUCCCCGUGUGCCCAUAAUGUGUUGGGGUAGCUGUGCGUACACCAUCCAAAGCAUAGAAAGAAUUUUGAGUGAUGAAGACAAGCCAUUGUUUGGUCCUUUGCCUUGCAGACUGGAUGACUGUCUUAGGUCACUAACAAGAUUUGCAGCAGCACAUUGGACAGUGGCAUCACUUUCAGUGGUGCAAGGACACUUUUGUAAACUUUUUGUGUCACUGGUACCUAAUGGCAGCCAUGAAGACCUUCCAUGCAUAUUAGAUAUUGACAUGUUUCAUUUGUUGGUGGGCUUGGUGCUCGCUUUCCCUGCGCUGCAGUGUCAAGAUUUUUCAGGGAUCAGCCUUGGCACUGGAGACCUCCACAUUUUUCAUCUGGUUACUAUGGCACACAUCAUCCAGAUCUUACUUACCUCAUGUACAGAAGAGAAUGGCAUGGAUCAAGAAACUUCCACCAGUGAAGAAGAAGCAGCAGUUCUUGCUUUGUAUAAAACACUUCAGCAGUAUACAGGAAGUGCCUUGAAAGAAAUACCCUCUGGCUGGCAUCUGUUGAGGAGUGUCAGAGCUGGAAUCAUGCCUUUCCUGAAGUGUUCAGCUUUGUUUUUUCAUUACUUAAAUGGAGUUCCUUCCCCACCUGACAUUCAAGUUUCUGGAACAAGCCAUUUUGAACAUUUAUGUAACUAUCUUUCCCUACCCAACAACCUGAUUUGCCUUUUUCAAGAAAAUAGUGAGAUAAUGAAUUCACUGAUUGAAAGUUGGUGUCAAAAUAAUGAAGUUAAAAGAUACCUAGAAGGUGAAAGAGAUGCUAUAAGCUAUCCUAGAGAAUCUAACAAAUUAAUAGACCUUCCAGAGGAUUACAGCAGCCUCAUUAAUCAAGCAUCCAAUUUCUCGUGCCCCAAGUCGGGUGGUGACAAGAGCAGAGCGCCAACUCUGUGCCUUGUAUGUGGGUCUCUGCUGUGCUCCCAGAGCUACUGCUGCCAGACGGAACUGGAGGGGGAAGACGUCGGUGCCUGCACAGCACACACCUACUCCUGCGGCUCUGGGGUGGGCAUCUUCCUGAGAGUACGGGAAUGUCAGGUGCUAUUUUUAGCUGGCAAAACCAAAGGCUGUUUUUAUUCUCCUCCUUACCUGGAUGACUAUGGGGAGACUGACCAAGGACUCAGACGGGGAAAUCCUUUACAUUUGUGCAAAGAACGAUUUAAGAAGAUUCAGAAGCUGUGGCACCAGCACAGUAUCACAGAGGAAAUUGGACAUGCACAGGAAGCAAAUCAGACACUGGUUGGCAUUGACUGGCAGCAUCUAUAAGGAUUUCUCUAUCCAAAACGCAAACGUGUGUUUGUAACUGGUUGGCUUUUCAAGAGAGUAGGAAAGAAGUUUUGCUGAAUUUUGAAAUAAAUUCUUUAUUUAAACUUUCCUUCCCAGUUUUAUUUUUAUGGUUUCUGGCUCCAGGGACUGGCGAGAGUCAUUCAUCUUCCAUCGGCAGAUUUUCUUGCUGUUUGCUGUGUCCCUCAAAUGUAAUGUCUUGGGUUUUAGGGUCCAGCAAGGCACUUCUCUUCCUAGACUGGAUCACAGCCCCUUUGUGGGAGUCUGACCCAUUUUACCUGACUGUUUGUAGUGAACUUCAGGUCUGAAGCUGGUUCAAAAGACACAAGAAGCAUAGUCUCUGUGGUCUGUUGGAGUCAUAUGAUCCUCUCAAUGACUCGAAGCUAGGACUGUACUGAUGUUUCCCUCUGCUGACAGAACCCUACCUCUAAGAGCGAAGUGGUCGAUUCUGAAGGCAGUAUUACUUUCUUUCCAUCGACGGUGGGAGGGCUAGGCGGACACUCAUGCAGGGGAAGCCCAUGGGGAGGAGGUGGCUUCUUAGCGUGCCGGUUGGUUUUUCGGGGCUGUUGAGGGUUGGAUUUUUAUUUUUUCUAUUUUUGGCAAAAACUUUUGUCUUUGAGAGAAAAAAACUCACUUCAAGGGCUUUUUGAAACUUAAAGAAUAUUCUAAUUUUUCAGACAGUAAUAUUCUGUUAUUUCUAAGGCUAAAUUGUAUGCAACUAGAUCAAACACUAGCAAAAAAAAAGUGAAAACCCACCCCCACCCAGCAUUUUCUGGAAUAGAUGAAUUGCUACUUACUUGCUAGCUCACUUAGUAUAACCUGGGACAGUCUGUGCCCAGGCUUUUUAUUCUUUUUGAACAUUAUUCUAAGAGGUGCCUUCCCAGAACAAUAGCUGCUUAUAAAAUAGCUUAUAACUACUAUAUACUACACAACUACUAUUAUUUGAUAGGCAUGUGCUGAGAGCAUGAAUACACACAGGCAGUGACAGCAGAUUUAGUGGAGAAAUAAAUUUGAGCCUUUCUAAGGUGGGGCUAAGGGACAAAUAAAUAAAUAAAAAGAGGCUCUUGGAUGUUUUAACCCAUGCAGAUGACCCUCUCAGUUUCCUUUGAAUUGCAUCUCCAAGCACCAUUCCACUCAGCUGCCACUCAGCGGUGCAUGCUCCACAGUAAACCUAGAGAAGGUCAGACAUCCAGACCUGAGGCCAGAGUAAGUGGGACGCAGAAGCCACAUUCUGCCCCAGGGCACUGUGGGAAAGAACUUCCUCCACUUGAGAGGAUGGCCAUUACUGCUCCUGCUUGGGACUGGCUCACCCAGCUGAGAGGAGGACCAGCAGGAGGAAGGUUCGAAUUAGAAUUCACUUUCCCCUCCUUUCCCGGCCUUUCUUCCAUGUGGGGCUAUGAAUGCAUAUUUAAUGUUUAUUUUGGCCUUUUCACUUCCAGUUCCUUUAGCUUUUUGAUUUUCUGCGUAUGUUGACCAAGCUUAAACUUAAAAUGACAAGACCAGGUAUCUCUCUAUAAGUGGCUUACAAACAUUUUCCCCAAAUCGUGAGAAUACUUCAGCUUUCAGACUUGACUUCAUAGAAUGGAGUUAGGAAGGGGCAUCCCUGGAUCCCAUUCUCUGAGAGCGUCAGGGAGUCUGCGAAAAGACGAAUUUACAUGACAUAGCAACACACACAACUUUUUAUUUUCUGGUGUGAGGCUAGUGUCUUCCCUCCCUAAUGAAUCACCUUAGUUUUAUGAUUUGUUCGGCAUGUUUUAUGUUUAUUGUAGAAAAGUUUAUAUAACAUAAGCUUUCCAUAUCAGGGAAAAUCAUAUCUGUUUAAUACAUUGGUAUAACUUUAAUAUCUGUGGACAACUUGUAAAAUUUGGAAUGUAUCAUAUGUAAAAAGUUUAAAGUUAUCCAAAUAAAUGCUUUGGGUGUUGACAGGA